AAUAACCAAUAUCUGUAAGGAAAUAUAAACCUGCAAGAAUUCUACCUGAUUUCAACAGCCACCGCGUAUGCAAUCACCAUCGACACCGGUGACGUCAUCAACUCUCCUCAGUUCUCCAGCUCCGAUCUCCUCUCUUCCAGGAGGUGCAAGGGGACAUUAGUUUCCAUGAUGAGAAAACCACCCUCAUUGGUCGACUUGUGUGUACGGUUGGCGAUAGAUAACGUUAGGUACCUAGGAAAUGUUGGGACAGUGGACAACCACCUCUUGGAUCGCAUUUUAAGCCACUGUACACUCGAUCGGUUGAAGCACGUUGAGGAUUGUACAGAAGGUAGAGAUCUAAGUCCUGUAACUGAUAUACUCUGGAAGAGAUUUUACGGUCGUGAUUUUGGUGCUGAUAGCGCCAAUCUUGUUGAUCAGAGGUUGAGAAAGAGUAAGAAGACCUACACAUGGAGACAAUUGUAUGAGGCUAAGUUACAAGAGAGGGAAGAGGCAACACAACAAUUAGUUGAUCGAAUGAAGCAACGUUAUGAAGAAGAAGAUGCUAGUGUUAUUGCCAGCAACAUUUACAACACAAAAAGUGGCUUGAUGAAGAAGGCAAAGCUAGACUUCGUUAACAGCCGAGAAGUGAAAAAUAUAGCUGCUAUGAAGAAUAAGGUGGUUCAUAAAUAUCAAAGUGUUUCUUCCAUUGGGAAGCCACAUGUGACUUCUGGAUUAGGAGUGAAUAAUACAGCGGUUAUGAAAAAUAAGGCGGUGUGCAAGAAUCAAAGUGUUUCUCGCAUUGGGAAGCCGCAUGUGACUUCUGGAUUAGCUUCUUCUUCUUCUUCUUCUUCACCACCGUUGCCCAUGACCAAAAUGGCCAAACCAGUCCAAAGGAAAUUUUGAUAAGUCAUUUUCUUCCGAGCAAAUUACAAUAAGCCUCCCUGAAAUAUAGAGUAUUUGCACUUUUCGCACUUUGUCCCCGAGCCAUGUCUCAUUCUAUCAUCAAAAGGAAAAUAAAACUCNAAAAAAAAAAAAAAAAUUACUGAGCAAAGUACAGAAGGCCAUAUAGUUCAGGGAUAUUAAUGUAAUUUGCUUCUUAUCCCCAUCAAUGUUGUACCAUGUGUUUGCAAGUGUGUAAAACUUGUUGUAUUUGAUAAUUAAAUGCUUUUAGAUUUUUUUUUAUCCACCAAUUGAUGAUGCAGUUAUGUUUAAUUUUAUGGUUUCCUGAGUCUUACUGGAAAAUGAUUAGUGG